AUGGGAAAAUUCGACGUCAUGACAGAUAAUUUUGAUAAAUCCAAUCCUUUCCUAGGGUACGAUCUUACGGAAUAUUCGAGAGAAAGUACAGUGGUUACUAAUAAUAUUCAAACAAGUAAUACAGAUGCAAGUAAAGAAAAUCAUUCACCACUAGCAUCACCUUCAAAAGAACAAUAUCAAUUACAAACACACACGUUACGUAACGAAACUUAUGAUACCCGUACCACAACAUAUACUAAUUCGAGGAACAACAGUAUUACAGAUGUGGACGCUUCUCUGCUAGCAAGGCAAAACAUGAUAGUGAAUGCCGAUGAAGAUGAAGAUGAUGAAGAAGAAAGUUAUACUGCCUUUAUUCUCGAGGAGAACUCUCCGGCUGCAAAGAAAGAAGGUACAUCCAAUUCAAAGGUAUUUUUCAUCUUAUUAAAAUCCUUUGUAGGCACAGGUGUCUUAUUCUUGCCUUCAGCGUUCCAAUCAGGCGGUUUAUUAUUCUCAAACCUCCUCUUACUAUUUUUCGGCAUUUAUUCCUUUUGGUGUUAUUAUAUCUUAACAUUGGCUAAAAAAGUUACAAAUGUCAAUAAUUUUGAAAAUAUUGGCUCAUAUUUAUAUGGAAAUUGGUUAAAAUUCAUCAUUGUUGUUUCCGUGGUGCUAUCUCAGCUUGGGUUCGCGGGAACUUACGUCAUCUUCACUGCUGAAAACAUUAAAUUAGUAUUAGAGCAUGUUUGUAACGUUAAAAAUUUACCAAUUGAAAUCUUAAUCUUUUCUCAAUUGAUCAUUUUCAUCCCAUUAUCCUUCUUGAGAAAAAUUUCAAAAUUGGCUAUCCCAACAUUGAUAGCAAAUGUAUUAACUUUAGUAGGGCUAAUCCUAGUAGUAGUGUUACUCUUACAACAUUUAAUAUCCCAAGGGAAAAUAAAUAAUGGAAUUGGUCCGGAUGUGAUUUUUUAUUUUAAUUCAUCUCAAUGGACAACCUUUGUAGGGAUUGCAAUUUUCUCAUUUGAAGGGGUUGGUCUGAUCAUUCCGGUAGAAGAUUCAAUGAGAAACCCAGAAAAAUUCCCCUUGGUUCUAUCUUUGGUAUUACUUGUAUGCACGGCAAUUUUCAUGUUAAUUGGGACUUUAGGGUAUUUGACGUUUGGUAAAGAUAUAACUCCUGUUAUAUUAUCAAGUUUCAAUCAAAAAAAUAAAUUUGUAUCAAUUGCUCAAUUAUGUUAUUCCAUUGCUAUCUUGUUGUCAACUCCAAUUCAAUUGUUCCCCGUUUAUAAAAUGGUAGAAGAAGCAAUCUUUAAAAAAAAUAAAAACAAUACCGCCAUAUCUUCAACUUCCAGUGAGCCACAAGAUAAUGAUAAUGAAGAAAAUAAAGCUAUGUUAACUGAAAAAAUUAUCCUUUCUGGGAGAGAUAGUAAUAAGAUCAAAUGGUUGAAAAACCUUUCAAGAACAACUAUUGUGCUACUUGUGACAAUCAUUUCAUAUUUUGGUUCCCAAGAUUUAAGUAAGUUUGUGGCUAUCGUAGGUUCAGUAGCUUGUAUUCCAUUGAUUUAUAUUUAUCCACCCUUCUUCCAUUUAAAGACACAUAGUUUACCAAAUUCACUAAACUUAAAAUUCAAAUGGAGAGUUAUCAUCGACAUUACUCUUUUGAUUUUCGGAUUGUUGGCUGUUCUAUAUACUAGCUAUCAAAGUAUCUUUAAUAGCUAA